AUGGUGCGCGGUGAAAAGGAAGAACCACUAUUCAAUAACAUUGAGGCUGAGGCUGAGCUUGACGCUCUAUUCACCUCUUAUCAAGCUACACUAGAAGAACAUCGUGCUAUUCUCGACUCGGAACUUACUGCGGUUCUUGAAAAAUGCCUACCGCGCCUCGAAAACGCCACCACAGUCGGCUUAUGGUGUUACCCCAUUGAAUACCUCCUGAAAGCAAACUAUCGUUCAUUUCGCUGCCUUGGCUUAGUGAACUGA